AUGGCCGAGAUGGAGCGGCCAGAGGAGGCGGCCCGGCUAUGGCGAGACGCCGCCCUGCGCGCCAGGAAGCUGCAGAGCAGCCUCCAGCAAUUGGAGCUAGAGCUGGGCUCCCGCGGGGAGAGCGGCCCGGAGGCACCGCCGAAGCUGAAGUCCUCGCAGCCGCCGCCGCCGCCGCCGCCGCCCACCUCGCCGCUGGAGGCGUUGAACCUGAGCGGGCGCGGCCUGGAUGAGUUGCCGGAGGGCUUGUGCGCCGCCGUGGGCAGCAGCCUGAGCGUCCUCUCGUUGCGGAGGAACCGGCUGGCUCAUCUGCCCUCGGCCGCCGCCCUUCGGCACCUGGGCCGCCUGGCCGAACUCGACCUCAGCCACAACCGCUUGCGCUGCCUGCGCGACGACGGCCAGGCGCUAGCGCUCCUGCGCGGGCUCCGAAAACUCAACCUCAGCCACAACCAGCUCGGAGCCGAAGGUACGCUGCCGGGCGGGUUGGGCGAGCUGCGGCAGCUGGAGGAGCUGGAUCUGAGUUUUAACCGCCUUAGCCACCUGCCCGCGGAGGCCCUGGCCCACCUGCGGCAGCUCCGCACCCUGGACGUGGACCACAAUCAGCUUUCCACCUUCCCUCAAGCACUGCUGGAGCUGGACACCCUGGAAGAGCUGGACUGCUCAGGCAACCGGCUCCUGCAGUCUCUUCCGGAGGGCAUCGCCUCUCUUCGGCACCUGAAAAUCUUGUGGCUCAGCGGUACGGGCUUGACGGCCUUGCCAGAGGGCCUGUGCCAGUUGGGUGCCCUUGAGAGCCUCAUGCUGGACGGGAACCGUCUGAGUGCCCUGCCUGCUGGUUUUGGCAGCCUGCAGCGCCUCAAAAUGCUGAACCUCUCAUCCAACCUGCUGGCUGAUUUCCCUGCAGCUGUGCUGGUCCUUCCUGGCUUGGAGGAGCUCUACCUCAGUCGCAACCAGCUUACCCUGCUGCCCACUGGACUUUGCCAGCUCUGCCAACUCCGCACGCUCUGGCUGGACAACAAUCGUAUCCGCUACCUGCCUGAUUCCAUAGUUAAGCUUCAUCAGCUGGAGGAACUGGUGCUGCAGGGAAACCAGAUCGCCAUCCUUCCAGAGGGGUUUGGCCAACUCAGCCGGGUGAGCCUCUGGAAGAUCAAAGACAACCCCUUGAUUCAGCCCCCCUACGAGGUCUGUAUGAAGGGCAUCCCUUACAUAGCUGCCUACCAGAAGGAACUGGCUCACUCUCAGCCUGCCCUGAAACCCCGCCUCAAACUCGUCCUCAUGGGCCUGAAAAAUGCAGGCAAAACUCUUCUUAGAAAGUGUCUCAUGGAGGAAGAGGAAGAGGAGCAGGGAAUGUCACCUUUCAUUUCGGCUAGCAAGAAUUCCGAGAGAGCCCAAACCAGGGGGUGCUUCAUACAAUCCCUGAGAGAUCUUCCCCAGCCCCUGUCUCCAAAAGCACAGCCAGACCAUUGUCCCAUUGUGGAACAGCCAGAGGCCUCCCCUUUGCCUGUUUCACCUCUGAAAUGUUCCUGUUUAGGAUAUAACUCUACUGAGAAGUGGGAUAUGUUCAGUCAAUCCCCCAAAGUUACGGGUCAGACUCAGACAGGAGGCGCUGCUGCUGAGCAGCAGGAUGAUACCCCACUGUCCCCAUCAAUUAAAACAGAUAGGGAGGCCUGGUUGGGGAAUUACCCCCUGAUGCCACCAGCUCCACAUGUAGCAGAGUUGCCAGCCAGCAGCAAAGGUAUUGAGGUGGCAGACUGGACAGCAGAUGUGGAGAGAGGUCUGACUUUCAUUGUAUAUGAGCUGGCAGGAGACCCCAGUUAUGAUGUGAUCCAGCCGUUUUUCCUCUCUCCUGGAGCCCUCUAUGUGCUGGUAGUAAAUCUGAGUACUUACAUGCCACAGUGUUUUUAUCCUUCUGUGGGACACUUUCUUCACUGGCUGGGGGCAAAGGUGCCCCAUGCUGUGGUAUGUAUGGUGGGCACCCAUGCAGACCUGUGUCCUGAACGGGAGGUGGAGGAGAAGUGUUUAGACAUCCACCGCCAGAUUGCUUGGCAGGAGAAGUGUGACUCUGAAGGCCUCCAGAUUUUAGCCCAGCAGGUGGAUGAAGCUCUGGGGCAGGAUUUUGAUUUUCGCUGCUCCAGCCCCCAGGUUGCCUUCUAUGGGGUGUCUGACAAGAACCUACGGCGCAAGAAAGCUCAGUUCCAGUAUCUGCUCAACCACCGUCCACAAAUCCUCUCGCCGGUUUUGCCUAUAAGCUGCUGGGAUUGUUUCCAGGUCCGUCGAUUGCGGGAGAAACUCCUUUCAGUGGCAGAGCACAGAGACAUCUUUCCAAAUUUGCACCGGGUACUGCCAAGAUCCUGGCAAGUGCUGGAGGAGCUGCACUUCCAACCCCAGGCUCAGCAGCUGUGGCUCAGCUGGUGGGACUCCGCUCGACUUGGCCUGCAGGCAGGGCUGACUGAGGACCGUCUCCAAAGUGCACUUUCCUACUUGCACGAGAGUGGCAAGCUGCUGUAUUUUGAGGAGCACCUGACCCUGCGAGAAUAUGUUUUCCACAAUUUGCCCAGGCUCAUCAACAUUCUCAAUGUCUUCUGCCAGCAUGAUGCCUCAGUGUUGCUCCAGAAACUGCUCAGCAGUACCCACAUGGAUGAGAUGAAGGCCACACAGCUCCACCACUAUGUGGAAGGAUUCCUGCUCCACGGCCUUCUCCCUGCCCAUGUUAUUCAUCUGCUUCUCAAGCCCCAUAUCCAAAGCAGAGAGGACCUGCAGCUCCUCCUGGAAUUGUUAGAAAAAAUGGGACUCUGCUACUGUGUCAAUAAGCCCAAAUCCAAACCCUUGAAUGGAGCCACAGCAUGGUACAAGUUUCCCUGUUAUGUGAAGAAUGAGAUGCCUCACGCAGAGGCAUGGAUCAAUGGUACUAGUCUGGGUGGGCAGUCUUUUGUGGCCGAACAGCUGCAGAUUGAGUAUAGUUUUCCCUUCAUUUUUCCCCCUGGAUUGUUUGCCCGCUACAGUGUCCAGAUUAACAGCCACGUGGUUCAGCGGUCGGAUGGGAAAUAUCAGAUCUACGCGUACAGGGGAAAAGUGCCAGUAGUUAUAAGUUACAGGCCUGCCAAAGGCACCCAACAACCAGAUACUCUGUCUAUCGCUAGCCAUGCAUCUCUACCAAAUAUAUGGACAGCUUGGCAAGCCAUAACCCCACUAAUGGAAGAACUAAAUGUACUGCUUCAAGAAUGGCCAGGCCUAUACUAUACUGUGCAUGUCCUCUGUUCCAAGUGCCUUAAAAGAGGGUCACCCCACCCGCAUACCUUUCCAGGAGAAUUGCUAAGUCAGCCCAGGCCAGAGGGAGUGACGGAGAUCAUCUGUCCGAAGAACGGUAACGAGCAAGUGAACGUGGCUCUGGUUUAUCCCCCUACUCCAACAGUGAUCAGCCCUUGCUCCAAGUGACUGCUGGAAGUUGCCUGUGUUGGCCCCUAUUAUAAGGACACGCCAAAUGCCCCUUAAGCCCUUGCUAAGCAUUUUUGGAGAUACACCGCCCAGAGAUGGUUCUAAUUAUUUAUGGGCCCUGAAUAUCACAGCUUGGGAAAUAAAGAUUAAUGAGAGCAGGUGUGCUGAAGGCUGUGCAUUGGGGUGGACACAAAUCUGCAAUCUACCUGAACUGAUCCUUUUCACCGAUUGGGGUUGGACUUAUAUGCUCAGAAGAAACAGAAAGCGUCCUCAUCCUGAUCUACUGUUGAAUUUGAUUACGCUGCAGUAUGAAGGCUCUCACAAGAACCAAGACCGUUGUUUGCUGAGAACGCUAUUGGCCUGUGUUUUGCACUUGUUUGGACUCACGAAUGUAAGCGUUUUCUCAAUGUAUGUACCAUUAGAUGUACCUGAAGAAAUAUCUAAUGAAAAGGAAUUGUUGUUAACUUUGGUGGUUUCUGUGAAGGUAGGUGUUGAAUAUCACUGGCAGCUUCAGUUGGCCUCUCCAGCAGGCAAGACGUCUAACAUCUAUUCACUUUCUCCACGGUCUUUAUAAGCCAGAAAGACAGUCAGAAUGGUGCUUGGGGAGUUCCAUUAUGUCUGUGGGAUAGCUUUCUCAGUUCUUCUAAUACAUUUCAGCCCAACCAGCAGUCUUUUAAAUCCUAGCACUAGCUGUUGCUUGUGUACAAGAAUAGCAGUGUGGCAAAAGACAUAGGAAGCUUACAUAUAUACACAUAUAUACAAGUUCAUCGGUUGUUGUCUGAGAUAUCACAGAUAGAAUCUUGGGCGGAACUACAUAAUUAAAUGAAGCCAAAUUUUAUUAAAACCCAAUAAUCCUCCAUUUCACCUACAGGCACAGUCCUCAUGAUGACAUAAAUGGUCUGAAUGAUCCUUAUGUAAAUCCAUUAUAUCACAGAGUUUUCACUGAAGAAAGAACUUGGAUAAACUGUAAUCUCGGAGUUUAAGUCAGAUUUUGGAGUUCACCCAGCCUUAGUCAAGCACUACUAGCUGAGUUCCCUUUGGCCUGAACCAAAACAACUAGAUUUGUUCUCAUGUAAGUGCAGCCAAAUAACCUAAUGUAGCCUUGCAAAUAAAUUUGCAAAAGUUAAACAUCUGCAAAAUUGUUCCUGUUGCUUUCACAGAAACAGCCUAAAAAGGAAGAACUGGGAAAGAGAGAACAUACUUUUUUUUUUUUUGCUUUUCAGUUUAUAAAAGCAUCUCACUGAAUGGCUGGAAAGAGACUUGCUCACCACACAGGUGGUUUAACAGAGUGGAGUAGUUUGUAGCCUGGAUGUGCAGGGUAACUAGUUUUGAAGGCAAACUUUACAUGGUAGCCUUAUAUAUAAUGGAGUCCCCAAAACCUCUUCUCACUUGCCAUGUACUUUUAAGAUGUGGUAACUCGGAAAUGAAAAGUGCAUGAACUCCUUCCAUCUCAUUCAUCUGAACGUUUACCCAUUGGCAGCCUGUGAAAAAAUCUAGUGUACAGUUAUGGGCCUUUUACUGUUCCACUGGGUAGAGAUUAGGGUAGUGCUUUGAAACAGAAGAUGUGCCUGAUGGUACAAUAUUUUCUUGAUCUUUCUUAUCUUGCACUGGUGAAUUUUAGCAUGCCACAAAACACUACUGUGUAUUCAAGUACCUUUAAUCAUAUGUCCAAUUUUUUCCAGGUUUAUUACUUUCUGCUUUCAGUUCAAUCUCUGCAUGUGUUGUAAUUCCUUUUGGUUUGGUUGGAAGUUAAUUUGAAAUCUGAUUCCAUCUGCUUGCCAUCUUCAAUAUGCUUGGGAGGCAGGAGAAGCAGAGUAAAGUCCAGCAUGCCAGAAUUAUAACAUGGCAAAAUCAGGGAUCAGCUUCGUAUCAAUUAUAAGCUUCUAAAAGCUCCUUCAGCUCCUUCCAGGAAAGGCCCAUUUGCUAUGGGCAGCUGGUUUUGGAAAUGUUCUUCCCUUCUCUCCCUCCCACUUUUUAUUCUUUCUUUUUUCAGUUUCUUGGAUUAGGGCUGGCAGUUCCUGCAAAGGAACUGGCAAUUAAGGUGACACUCUUCCUUCUGCUCAUUUGGCUCUUUUCCUUUGUUUAGAACGUCCGUCUGUCCAUGGUCAGUUUUUUUAGGAGCUUGCUUGACUUAGCCUUAAUAUUGGCUCAGCAAUUAAAAUGUUGCUGAGCUAUGCGAAAAUCCAGUCAUGGAGAUAGCGUCCAGCCUAAUUAUGCACAUAGUGUCUGCUUCGUUUUUUUAAUUUUUUUUAAUUAAGAAAUUCUGAAUUCUAAUUAAGACGUUCUGAAACUUGCAGGUUGGCACAGAAUUCAUUUGCCAGCAGCAAGUAAAGUUGUGCAGCAGGCUAGAGUGCUGGACUGACUUUAAAAUUAGAAAUAGUUAACAUUAUUCUCCCCUCCCAUUUACCUUGAGUCAUGGUUGGGUUGGCAGCUGGCAACAUCAGAGAAGCAAAAGAAGUUUUAAAAGAGCUGAAUAGAUUUUUUUGCCCAGCAUACUUGUUCUCAAAUUGUUACUUGGGAUUAUAGUGGAGCACUAAUGCGGUCUAAUUGGAAGUGUCUUAAAAAGCAAUUACAAAACUCAGGCAGAAGUAAGAGGUCAUCCAAUGUAAUAUUCAUUCCCUCAUUCCAGAGAGCAGAUCAGAAAGAUCACGUUGAUUUCACAAUGAAAGAAGAUCUAAGGAAUAAUCAAGAAAA